AUGUCUCAAACCUACUCCGCUUCUUAUCAAGUUACGUCCUGCGCUGGAUACGAUGUCAUCGGAGUAGAAGAUUGGUUAAAGUUCAUUCGCAACGGGCCAACGAGCGUUGACUUCGAUCUCCAGCCUGGGUAUCUCAUCGACCGCACUCAAAUGUCCGACUUUUAUCGCCAGAUAAAUCAUUUCGCCACCCCGGGCCCGAUCAAAGAACUCGCUUUCAAGCUAUUCAAUUGCCACGGUCACUUGAGAGAGGAAUACAAAGAGCACAUCGUCAAGAAAGGGUCUGGCAUCUGGGGUUCGGAGCUAGACACUGGUCUUCUCCUUCUACUCAACGGUACCACGACAAAUCAUGCCGCUCGAUGCCACGGUGGGAGCGCACGCAUCAUGCGAAAGGUACUGGAAGGAUUCUCAGAUCACUUCAAGAAGCCUGUAUAUGCGUUUGUCAAUACAUGGGAAAGCACUGCAAAGGGGUCGACUCCUUGCACAUUUCACGAUGAUCAAGAACAACGAUUCCGUGAUCUCGGCUUCCGACGUGUGGGCAACACGAAAUUCUUCGCCUUGUCGAGCGACGCCAGUCAUCCGUGCCAUCGCCUAUCCGCAGCAGAUGAUUUCGAUCCUGCGCCUCUACAGCCAUCCAAAGGUACCGAGGACUUCAUGAAUGUUGUCGUCGACGCCCUUGGAUCUCCAGACCACUUGUUCCGCGAAAAGCUCGAUACUAAAUAUAGUGAGAUGAGCGCGGAGGAGAUCUCUGGGGUUGUCCUACACUCUUCAGGUGGAAAUCUCCUGCACAUUGUUGCUCUCAGUGGGAUGUACCAAAGUGCAGCUUGUAUGGUAGCCCGCUGGCCUGAGUUGCGUGAUGCGAGGAAUGAUGCGGGUGAAACCCCGCUUGAGGCUUUGGAAUGGCUAAUCGAGGAGGAUGCAAUGAGACUCGAAUAUUUCGAUGCGAAGGAUCGAUUCGAUCAUGGAUGGAUCACGCCCAAGAACACUGAAGAGACCUUAGCUGUGCUACGCGGAUAG